AUGAGCUACCAAGGGCACGGAAAUCGUAAGCCACUGCUUGGCGACGAUGACCACGAACCUACCAAGCCUUCGGCCAACGAGCACUUGAUCAACACAAUUGUUUACUCUGAUGUUCAAGAACCAGAUCAUGUCGCCGCGGAGAGACCUCUGAGCUCGAGGCGAGCCCUUUGGGGGUGGCUGGUACUUUGCUUCUCGACCGGCCCGACCGCAAGCAUGAUCAACAGCUACGCAACGGCAAGUAUUCAGUCAGCCGCCAACAGAGUCGGACACAUCCCAGGCACCAACAAGCCAUGUGCGCAUCGCGGCGCCAUCAAAUGUGUCGUGAAGCUAGGCGCUGGCGAGGUCGAUUACCUGAGCUACUUAAUGUACUUGCAAGCCAUCAGCCGCGCUACCGAGGGCGUCCUCUGCAUUCUUGUGUCCGGCCUCGCCGACUACUCCAAUAAUCGAAAGACAAUCAUGAUGGCUUCCAUCUACCUGUUUGGCGCAUUGGCCCUGCCUUUUGCAGCACUGACCGACAACAGCUAUGCACACCUCAACACCCUGGCCAGCCUCUACGUCAUCUCCAUUACCAUUUCUAGCAUCUACAAGGUCCUCGAGGCGUCGUACAUUCCCAUCUUUAUGCGUUCAGUAGGCUGGUCUAAGCACCCGGAGACUCUACAAGACCAGGCGCAGAGUGAUGAUGACUCCUCUCGCAAGAAGUGGAGGAAAGGAAGCCGUGUCAGUGUAUUAGGCCUCAUGGCGGGUAACCUGGGUGGUAUCCUGGCCUUGCUGAUCGGUGUUAUCAUUACCUACACCCGCGGUAGCUACGUUACCGAAGGCUACUUCAACUUCCUCCUUGCCAUCACCAUCGGCGGAUGCUUGACCAUUAUCUGCGCCGUUGCUGGCCACAUGAUGCUGCCCAGCAUUCCUGGCGCGCAGCGUCCCAAAGAUAAGAUCGCCUUCCUGCUCCCAAUCCGCACUUGGCUCAAGAUAGUUGGGUCCAUACGCCAAUACCCAAACGCCUUCAAGCUUUGCAUUGGCUGGGUCCUCUGGAACACCGCCUACUCCAACUUCAUCGGUCUUCUCGGCGCGCUCUUCCUCGAAACCUCCGGCAUUAAGCGCGGCAGUAAUAUAUACACAGUAUACACGUUCAUGAUGAUAUUAUUCGCAUGCAUCGGCUCUCUGAGCUGGCUUUUAGGCUUCCACAAGUCGAAGCUGCACAUCAAGUCCUGGGCUUACAUCUUCUUAGCCGUCAACGCCACAUGUCUGUUUUGGGGCUGCCUUGGCAUCGCCAAGAUCCCCAUCGGCUACAAGCAUCAGGCUGAGUUCUGGGUUGCUGAUGCUCUAUUCAUGAGCACCAGCAGUGCGCUCCGCUCCCUGAAUCGUGUCAUGUACGCUUCGCUCAUUCCCAGCGGUUCUGAGGCGGCGUUUUUUGGUCUCGAGAUUACUCUGGAUCUGGCUACAGGUUGGAUCAACCCGCUUGUCCAAGGUGUCAUUCAAAACAGAACACACAAUCUGCGUUUCCCAAUGAUCCCGAACCUCGUACUGAUUCUUGUCUCGAUUGGUCUCUACGUAUGGACAGAUGUGGAUCAGGGCAUGAGAGAUGCGGAGAAGACUCUGGUAUCGGCUAAUUAG